UCUCGUGUGGAGUUCUAAGAUGGCCGCGUCCGUGUAGUGUUUUUGUGCUGUUUUAACACACCAUAUGUGAUUUUAAGUUAUUGAAAAUGGCAAACGAGAACGCAGCGAAACUUUCCAAAAAUCUCCUGCGCAUGAAGUUCAUGCAGCGUGGUCUUGAUGCUGACGUCAAGAAGCAACUUGAAGAGGAGGAGAAAAGGAUCAUCAGUGACGAGCACUGGUAUCUCGACCUGCCAGAACUUCAAGCUAAAGAGAACUUUAUUAUCGAAGAAAGAAGUUUUGUGCCAUGUGAAGAGUUGGUGUACGGCAGAAUGUCAUUCAAGGGCUUCAAUCCUGAAGUUGAGAAACUGAUGGCACUGAUGAACACUCAGAACAAAAAUGAGGAUGAGGAGGAGGGAGAAGAUAUCACCAGGAUGGAAACGGAUGUUACAGAUGAAGAGAUGGCUAGAAGAUAUGAGAGCUUAGUGGGGAGCAUGAAAAGAAAAUUUGCAACAAAACGUGAGAGAUCACAGAUUCAGGAUGAAGAUGGCAAAAGGAUGAUUGAAGCAAAAGUUAAAAAAGUAUUUUUAAAGCCACAGGAUUAGGAACAUUUUGUGUGUGUGUGUUCUCCUUUAGAUUGAAUGGUCUUCUGCUGUUUUAAGUUUUAUGAAAAUAUAAAUGUUGAAUUUUGGACCGGAGGUUGUGAAGGCCAGCUAAGAAUGUUGGUCUGUAUUUACUUUAUCCUUUCUCUGUAUAUUUGGAGACAUAAUUUGGACCAAUAUCCUGAUGAAAUGUCACCAUUUCUACCAAGCUUGGACUUUCGAGCAGGAAGAUCCUGGAUUGUAUCCGAAUUGUGCCGGUAUACAUUUAAACCAACCUUCAUCUUGACUCUGAUAUGGGAACCAAAACAUUUACAAUGUCCCCAAAGCAAAAACAAUUAUCUGAUCUAAUUGAGUUCCAUUACUGCAAGUUACUGAUGAUCUUUUUUGUAUUUUUAUUUUCAACCCAACCAAAGAAAAAAAAUCUGUUGACCAUUUUUCCCCUCUGAUGGUGCAACUUAGGAAGGGGCUUCCUCCUGCCACGACGACUGACACCUACCGCCAAAAUGGAGUAGAAUUGUUGAGAGAUUGUGUCCUGGUUUAACUGAGGCUCUCAGAAUCGUUUACUUGUGGUUGCUUUUCUAAACACCUUUAUUUUGGUAAAAUGUUUUGUUGACAUGACAAGAAAAUUCUGAAAGACUUUUACACCACAGAGAAAAGUUCAGUUCAGUUUCUCUUGACGACUGUGUGAAAUUAAUGACAAUAACUUUGUGUUAGUUGUUGUCAUCAUCAAACUUGAAUCAGUGACCUUUUUCAGCCUGUUGUCUGAUUUUUACCAUGCUGUCAAAUGUGAAUAAUAAUGAAUCACUCGUAUACAUAA